UUACAUGUGUAUACUUUUAUCUUGAAAUUUAACAAAAUUCAACUUGUUUUGUAAUUUAACAAAAAUAGAAUAUUGAAAUUCCAUCAACAUCCCCACCUCUUCUCCUCUUUCCUGUUUUUAACACCUUUUUAUUUCACACCCCACCCCAAUUGUUUCUCUCUCUCUCUAUCUUCUCUCUCUCACAGUCACACACACCACCAGCUCAAAACACAGAAUUUAUUUGAUUUAUUAUAGUAACUCACAAAAAAUCUUCCUUCAAAUUCCAUCAACGUAACAUCCCACUUGCCCCCCAUUCUCCGUCACCUGUUUUCCUUAUACGCAACUCUCUCUCUCUCUCUUCUUUCUCUCUCUAAGUUCUAAGUAGUUUAUUUGGGAAGAAGGAAGGAAGGAAGAAACCAUGCCUGUGGUGGUGGUUGCCGACGACCCAGCUACGGCGGCUGGCGAACAAAUUAGGUGCAGAAAGCCCAGAACUCCUCCGGAUAACCCAGAAACAGAUCCGAAUCCAAUUCGUACGAAAACCACAAUUUCGUCAAUCCUGAUAUCAUCAACAAAUGAAACAACUUCCAAAAAGAAGAACUUCACAUCUGCAACAUUCAGAGGACUAGGCUGCGCCGCCUCCUCACAAGUCUCCGUCCCGGCGGUCAUUAGAACAUCCGCCAAUUGGGAAUCCAAGAAAUUGAAGAAGAAAAGGCUCAAAACCAAGAUAAACACCAACGAUAACCUCCUGCUGCCACCCCCCAUUAUCAGCUCCGAUAGUAGCUCCAGAGACAACCCAUCGUCGAUUUCAAUGGCGUUGUCUUCUUCGAGCUGUGUGGGUGUGCCUGAUGUUUGGUGCGGCCCUGGUUUGGGUCUUGUUACAGAUGCUUCUUCUGUUGAUUGUGUUGUUUCUAGAAGGCCCGCCCGAGGCAAAGUUGACGCUGCUGACAGAAUUCUUCUUGCUCAGAGGGAGCGUCCGUAUAAUAGUGUUAGGCGAAUGGUUAGUCCAGAAGAAAACCCUUUUAUUGAAUCUGACUCUGCCUUUGGAAUAAAUCGAUUUCGAUCCGAUUUUUCUGGAUCCAGACAUCAUCAUCAUCGUCACCAUCAUCAUCUCAGACAUGGUGCUUUCCAUGGAGGACUUGCUGAGAUUGUAAUGCUCCAAAGUAAUCUAAUGAUGGGAGGGAGAUCGGAUAGGCUUGAUAGAUACAGGGAUCUCAGGCUUGACGUUGAUAAUAUGUCUUACGAGGAAUUACUGGAUCUUGGUGAUAGGAUUGGGCAUGUGAGCACUGGACUGAGAGAGGAUGAGAUAACUGGCUGUCUGAGUAAGACUAAACUUGCAAUGUUUGAGGAUUUGUCUCGACAUUUCGCCACUGAAUUGGAGAGAAAAUGCACUAUAUGUCAGGAGGAAUAUGAAGCAGGUGAUGAGACGGGGAAGCUGAAGUGCGGACACUCGUAUCACAUAUAUUGCAUAGAGCAGUGGCUAGGACGCAAAAACACGUGCCCUGUCUGUAAAACACCAGCUCUUUCUCAAUCCUAGUUUACUAAGAAUGGCUUAUCAAUCUACCUCUGCUGCUUUCAUAUCGUCUGUAUAGAUUUUGACAUCUCUGAAAGAAAUAUCAUUCUUUGAACUGGCAAUUUGGUUUGUAAGAUCCCCUGAAAAACAAAAAACGAAAAAAAAAUGCCGUUUUUGUUGUUGGCAAGUGCUGACUUUGGUGUUGAUUGAAAUGUAAACUCAAAAAUCGUUAUAAGAACGAUGGUCCUCUCUGCAGGUUGGUUGUGCUAACUUUCA